AUGACCGCUCCCCGGGAAGGGCUCAAUCCUCUGCGCCCAUACUACAUCCCACCAUCGUUUGGCCUUGACGCCUCCAACGCCUCGUCUCCUCCAGAUAUCGCCGCUCCGUCAUCCGCGCAGGUAUUUGGCAGCUCGGCUCGCGACUUGCUACCGGACUUGGAUUACUCGGAGUACUUAGAGAGCUCUCCGUCGCUAUCUGAAUGGGUUCGAAAUGCCUUGGAUGCCGCGCUCCAUCGUUACACGGGCGUCCUAGUAGCCCAACCAUUUGAUGUCGCCAAAACCAUCCUUCAGGCGUAUGUGGUGCCGGACUCGCAGGGUGAACAAUGGGCCGCAGACGCCCCCGGAAGGUCCAGUCGAACGGACUCGUACAAUGAUGACGAGUAUGAUGAGGAAUCACAAUCUUCGGACGAUGAGAGCAGUUACUUCACGUCUGCGGCGCCUGGAACGGCCUCGCCGACAUCUUCACGCUCGCGGAAGGCUCGACGCCAUAUCACAGACCGCAGCGGUUACAUCGCAUCUACGCCGGCGUCGCCCAAAUAUACCUUGGCGAUGAAGAAUCCCUCCUCGCUGAUGGAGGUCCUCUCCCAACUCUGGUCCACCAGUGGCCCAACAUCGCCAUGGAAGGCGACCAAUGCGACGUUUAUCUACUCCCUACUUCUUCCCACCCUGAAUACCUUCAUUCGCAGUCUCCUGUCCGCCAUCGUGGGCUUACCGGAAGAGGAUAUUGCGUCAUCCAUGACCGCCGACAUUCUGACGUCGACUUCACCUUUCGCGACAUUAGUGCUGUCGUUCAUCUCCUCCUCGCUAUCUGCACUGAUUUUGUCGCCUAUCGACACCGCGCGCACCUUCCUCAUCCUCACGCCCGCCACCCACGGGCCGCGCUCGCUUCUCCGGGCUAUUCGCCAGCUCCCCACCCCGAACUGCACGAUCCCUUCACACUUGGUCCCCAUUACCAUCCUCCAUUCGAGUCUUCCGAACCUCAUCACCACUACCACACCUCUACUCCUCAAGUCCUAUCUCUCCAUCGAUCCCAUCCUGAACCCUUCCACGUGGAACCUAUUCUCCUUCCUGGGAUCAGGCCUGGAGCUUGCCGUGCGAUUCCCGCUGGAGACAGUCCUGCGCCGCGCACAGAUCUCCACAUAUACGUCCCCCAGCCUCCGGCAAAAGUAUGCUGGCGGGUCUCGGUCCAUCCCCCCCGUCACCAACGCGGACGAGGCACCGCAGGUCGAGACCAUCGUCCCCGUGCCGCAGACAUACCGUGGCGUGGUAGGAACGAUGUGGGGCAUCGUGUACGACGAGGGCGUCAGCGCGCCCUCUGAAGCCGAGCGCGCUCACAAAGUGCUCGGGAAGCCUCUGCCGCUCAAAAAGCGGCAGGGACAGGGCAUCCAGGGCCUCUACCGCGGCUGGAGAGUCGGCAUGUGGGGGAUUGCUGGGAUCUGGGGCGCCGGCCUGUUGGGCUCCAUGGGGAGCGGAGGGGACGAGGGCGUGAUGGUCGGCGGAGGCCGUUUCUAA